AUGAAGAUCGUGGCCUUGACACUCAUGGUUUUCGUCAUACUUCUGACAUCGUUUCCGGCUCCAAACAAAGCGGCAUACACAAAUGUGGAAGCAGCAUGUGACCCAAAGCAGCUUCAGCCUUGCCUAGCCGCGAUUACUGGAGGAGGACAACCCUCAGGUGACUGUUGUGCAAAGCUGAAGGAGCAACAAUCAUGCUUGUGUGGGUUUGCUAAGAACCCUUCUUUUGCUCAGUACAUUAGCUCUCCCAACGCUCGCAAAGUUCUAACCGCUUGUGGUGUUCCUUACCCAAGUUGUUAA